AGAAACCAACGCUCGAUGCUAAUUCUGUUUCUGGAAGGAGUCUAAUCAAAAGUAAAGCAGUGUUUGAGCGCCCCCCUGUGAUGCGCGUGAGUAACUCUCCAAUCAGCGCAAUCACCUCUGGAUGGAGAUCACCUGCAUGAGCGCUCCACAGCAAAAGGAUGUGUGAGCAGGCAGCGCGCUACUGUAGGGACGGAGUCCACAAACUGCUCAACAAAGAACAAGCCAAACUUCGAGCCCAGGAAACACGCGAGCAGCCGAACCCCGUGGCCGGUGAGGACAGCGAGUCCGCGACGGCAGCACAGUCCGGAAACAGCGGCGCACAGCCCGGUGGAAUCGACGGGCUCGUCCGCUGGAUCGUCACCAAGAUGAGCGACAACAAGAACAUCUCCAGCCGGGAGUACGCCUCCAGCAAGGAGGAGGUGGCCGUGGCGCAGGAGCAGUUCUUCGCCCCGGAGCCGCGCAGAGGCAUCUCCGUCAUCCUGGAUAUCUUCAGAAGAGCUGACAAAGACGAUGAUGGUAAACUCUCCCUGGACGAGUUCCAGGCUUUCUUCUCGGACGGAACGCUGAACGAGGAGGAGCUGGAGAAGCUGUUUCACACCAUCGACUCUGAUAACACCAGUAAUGUUGACACUAGGGAGCUCUGUGACUACUUUGCCAAACACAUGGGAGAUUAUGAGGGAGUCCUGGCCUCACUGGAGACUCUCAACCUGUCCAUCCUCAAAGCCAUGGACUUCACCAAGAAGGUGUACGAGAGAGGAACCAACGUGGAGCAGUUUGUCACACGUUUCCUCCUGAAGGAGUCAGCCAAUCAGAUCCAGUCUCUGCUCAGCUCAGUGGAAAGUGCUGUGGAUGCCAUCGACGAACAGCACAGCCAAUCAGGUCAUGCACCUGCCAAGGUGAGUCCUCGAGUGGCUGAGAGGCGUUAUGACAACACUGUCCCUGACUAUCCUCCUAACAACAGAGUCAGUACCAGGGAGGCUGUCAGGACCAUCAACACCGCUUCAGGGGCAGUGGAGGUGAGGAAAGAAGGUCUGGAGGCUCAGAUCAACCGCCUGGCUGAACUCAUCGCUCGACUGGAGAAUAAGACGGUCUCGUUUGAUCUGCACCAGAGGCUAACUGACACAGAUGGCACCACCAGUGCAUCCUUGCUGCUGAUUCGUCAGGAGAUGGUGGUUUCCCAGAAGAAGCUGGGAGAGUUCUGCGAGGCUCUGAAGCAGUACCUGAAGAACGUCUCCGCUCAGAAAGACUGCUUUCAUGUGACUGCUGUGCGUCUGCCCGACGGUCUAUCCUUCGUGGUCUACGAGUUCUGGGACGGGGAGGAGGAGUGGAAGAGACAUCUCCAGUCUCCUCCCAACAAAGCCUUUCAGCAUGUGAAGGUGGACACACUGUGCCAGCCAGAGGCCGUGUCUUCUGUCGCCGUGCCAGCCGCCUGGUGCAGUGUGAACCGAGCCUGAGCAUGAAAACACACCAAGACUCCUGGACGCUCCUGUACCUCCUCCUCAAGUCCCGUUUACACCUCCUAGAACCGUCCCUUUCCUCCUGCAUCCCACCAUCUCUGACCUACUCCCGCCUCCUCAUCCUGUUUUUAUCCCUCACUCCACCAAACUCUUUUGUAAGUACAUGUUUACACAGCGCGAGUCAUUGGUGUCGACUGCAUCAACAGUGUGAGAUUGUUUCAACAUUUCUCCAAGUCACUUUUUCCAGCUCCAAGAUUUUCAGAUUAUUUCACCUUCUGGUUUGUAAAGUAGCUUCGAGCCACUGGUGAGGCGGAGUUCGUUCAUGUAGCACAGACCGCAGGGUUGAGGUUUCCAUGUAGCAGGAAAUGUUUUGAAGGAAGAAAAACAAACUAGAAUUUAACACAUAAUACUAUUGUUUGUAGAUGUCACUUUUUUUUAAUGACAAUUUUUUUUUUAGGUUUUAUUCUCACAUCAGCCGUUUUGAUGACUCAGCUGUAAAAAG